AUCCCGAUUUGACUGCGCAUGCGCCGGUAUCGCUCCGCGCCUGCAGCCGCUGCAGCUCUCGGUGCUUCUUCCCCCUGCCACAGCUGCAUGACGUCUGCUCUCCACCGAGCCGAGCUCAACCGCCUUUUACCCCCGAGAUUUGAUGCCUCUGGACGGGCAGAUGUGUGUGGAGCCAUUGCUUCUCCUCCCGCUCAGCCCUUGUGGCUCCGCCGUGAAGGAUAUCGCACAGUCUCCUGUGGCUGGAAAUUGCCUCGCUUGACCACAACCCCAGGAUCGCCUUGUACAUUCAGCUCCCAUGAUGCUUGGCUUGCAGGGAAAUACGUCGUCCUCCAAAGUGUAUCGUUGUGUGGCGUGUUCAGCCACCUUCAAUGGACUAGCCUCCUUGUUGGUGCAUCAGGCAACCCAUGCAAAUACACUCUCCAAGGUCUCUGGCGCCCCUCAGCAGCCUGUCAUCAGCCCACAUGAAACACUGUUCCCGAGUAUGGACUCGUCCAGUGAGCGGGCUGGUCCAACACCACUCUUGCCUGAGAGCUCUUCACCAUCUUUUUAUAUUUGCGAUUGUGGAGAGGAGUUUCUGGACUUCAGUUUAAUGCUGGAGCACAAGCGUUCACAUGUCUCUCAAAUUCAGCUUCUCGAUAACAAUAUUGGCAAUCAGGGUUUUCCAAACCAGCACGUGUCAUUCAGUUCUACUGUAACCCAGCCAGGUUUAGGCCUUGGUUGCCCCUCUACCUCAAGGUCCUCACCCGUCGAACUGCCCACAUUACAAGACCAUAAAACAGAUGUUUGCCUGGGGGAUGACAUUGCCAACACAAAGCCUUCUCAAGGCCAGUGUAGACCCCCCCAAGAUAACUGUGAGAAACAACUUGACAACGUGUCAGCCACAGAGGAGGAAAUACCAGAGACUCAAGAUGUGCAUUUCCAAGACAACACAAACUCUGUUCUUGACAGUGACAAGGGUGCGAGUUUGCCUAACAAUAACGCCCUAAUGAAAUUGCUGGCAUCAGCGUACAUAAACCGCUUCCCACCUAGUCAGUCUCAGAAUAACAAUGAUCACACAGUUACCCCCAAACAAGAAGUUGUCCCUGUUGAUAUAACACCAGGAGCAAAAACUGAACUGCCCUCAAUCAAUGAUCCCUCUAUUGCACAGUUGAGGCGACUGCUUGCAAAACCUGGUAUGAAGACAAAAGCUCCACCCAUUAGCAGAAUUCUUGAGUCCAGUAAGAAGAGGGUUGUCUCUCUGACUAAGACAUUCUCACCUGUCGUGGUUCUAGAAACGCGGCAAAAGCUGAUGGAUACUGUGGGUAAUGGCAUAUAUGGGAUAUAUCAAUGUGGCCGCUGUCGUAGGGUCUUUCAAAACUUGGACAGACUGACAGAGCAUCAUUUGUUGCACAAAAAAGAGAGGAUUAAGUGUUGUCGUCGCUGCAAACAGCUGAUCAUUGGGCGACCACCUUUACCUGACAAUCAUGUAUGCCCUCAGUUGGGAAACAAGACCAUACAGUCCUCAAGUUCUUUUAAAAGCAAGUUUCCAUUUGCUCAAAAAAUAGUGCCAUUCCAUAGGCUCAACAACACAAAAAAGGUUUUCUUUUGUCCUUUGUGCAAGCACAGCUAUGCACGGAGGUGGAACCUCAAAAUGCACAAGUGUCAGGGGUCAGCUGUGUCUCAGCAAUUCAAUCCCCCCCCUCAGAAAAUGCUAGUAUUGAGAUCAAACAGUACACCCAAAACAAAUACAGAGGUUAAAGCUGGCUCUGAGGUUGUCAAGAGUAUUGCUGUGGGCACUGAAGUUACCGGUCGUAUCAAGGUAGAAUUGGCUUCUUCUAAUUCAGACCAGACUGCAGUCACUCAGUUGGCCUGGACUCCUCCAGCAAAACGCUUUUCACCAUUUUCCCCCAAACCUCCAGUGAUGGAGCAGCACAAAGACACCUCUCUGUGUGGGACUUCACUCCAGCAAGAAGAAGAAAAGAGCUGGGAUGCAGUUGACAGUGAUGAUGGUAAUAAAGGGCAGUGGACAGUGCCCUUGGAUGAUGAAAUGGAGAUGCUCAAUACAGCAGUGAAAGCUGUUGAUGACAGAGAGGUGAGCACAUCUGUGUCAGUCAAACAGGGAGAGCCAACACCUGCCAGCCUGCGCUUUUUUGUCAGAGAGGGUUUCAAACGUUACCCAUGCAACAGAUGCCAGAAGACCUACAGCCGGGCAUCUACUUUGAGGCGCCAUCUACGGCUAUGUGGGUUCAGGCCACGUGGACUCGGGGCUGUAGCCCAGGGUGGCAGUCACGGUGCCAUUCCUCUAAAUACAAACAGUAUAAAACCGAUGUUUUCUUGUUGUGUCUGUGGGAAGAACUUUAACCGCAAAGACAACAUGAUGGUUCACACUAGGAAAUGCCAGUUACAACGAACAGUGCCUGAUGUGGACAGAGGAACUGUGCAGCAGCAGAAGCAGAGUUUGCCAGGCAGUCCCGCAGAUUGUCAAAAACAGGAUGCUGAUGGAGGCAACUGGGGCUUCAUGUCACUGCCCUCUGUACUUCCAAGGAGGGUGACAUGUGAGUGUGGGGUCGGAUUUACAUCUCCAAGGCUUCUCCUGGAGCAUCUGCAGAAACAUGCCCAGGAAUCCUACACAUGUCCAACUUGUGGAGAGACUGUUAAUUCCUGGGCAGACUAUGAAGUUCAUUUGCAGAUUCAUAUGCAUCCUCAUCACCAGCUGCUAAAGGGACUGCCGCAAAGAUCUCAGCCUCUGUUACUUCGAUUUCAGCAGCAGCCUCCACCCCAGCAGCCUCCUCCUAAGCCUCCACAGAAGCAGCCACGCCCAGAGCAGCUUCCAAACCCCUCCAAAAAGCAGCGGAUUGGAUGCACACGGUGCGGCAACACUUUUGCCACUCGCUGUUCCCUUCGAAGGCACGUGUCAUGGAACCGAUGCAAAGGUGCACGUGUGCCAAAUCUACCCACAAAUCCGCCAAAAGCCCAUCACUGUUCCCACUGCAACUCUGACUUCCCGAACACUAUCAGUCUUAUAUUUCACCAGAGGAGCGGGGCUUGCAAGCCUGCCAUUAAGCCUGUCCGUUGCCCUGUUUGUCUCCGCUGGUUUAGCACAGUGGACAGUUUGCAGAAACACCUGCUCACUCACAAACAGUCUGAAUCCUAUAGCUGCGACAUCUGUCAGGGUACAUACCCAAACCUUAAAUCACUCAAAAACCAUCGCCGGAGGGUUCAUCGUAUCAUGGCAGGAGACACUAAGCUUCCAACACAAGAAGAGUUGACAUCUUAAUUUCAUUGAUAUAAUGUCUAACAUGGGAGUGGUGCAUUAAGAACAAAGUACUUAGUAUAGUAUUAUUAUCUUCACAUAUUUUCUCUCCAUAUUUGCCAAUUGUAAUUUUCUUGUUUUUACUUUCCAGGAGAAAUUUUACAGCUGCAUAUGUUGAUGUUUUUUAAGCAGCUCUUGUGGCAUAGUAGCUUACCACUGUAAAAAUAGAAGCUUUGAUAUACUGUAAAUUUGAGUUAAUCCCUAUAACACAUAGUGUCAUUAGCCUGUAAAUGUUAGAGCAUUUGUUAUUCAAACUUGUAUCACAGAGGUUGUGAUGUAGCUUGUGAUUGUUCCUGGUGUUAAUAAACGUACCAGUUUGUGAACUGUGUACAUUACAUCA